CGCCUGAAUGUCGGUCGAUCAGCUGGUCUGGACUGGGCGGUUCUGAAGAUCUGUCGAACAAUUCUUUUUCUCUUUCUUUUUUUCUUUUUUUCUUUUUUUUUUCUUCUUGGUCUCCCCCGGGUAUGCCCCGGACUUCCUAGUUGAGGGAACUGGAAAGGGUUUGCCAAAAGAAAACCCAAAGCACAAAGCAAAAACCCCAAAAAAGAAAUACUGUAACCGACAAAUAACAAACCCUCCCUAGGAAAAGAAAUACUGGAUGAUCCCCCUUCGUAGCGCCAAUCACCUCAUCUUUUCAUCAUCGACUCUCAUCUCAUCACAACAGGAUGGCAUCAUCUGGGGAAGGGACCCUUGGGGAAGAUGGACGGAGGGAGGAUUUGAUGGGGCCGGGGGCGGCGAGUUUGGGGGGGAGGGACAGCAUCGGGGGGUGGUUGAUUGGGGAUAUUCUACCUUUACUCAACCCCCCAUUCCCCCACCAUCUGACCGUAUCACGCAGAGAGAGCUGGUUGAGUUCCAAUACAGCAUCUUACCCUCCCAGAAGUCUAAUCAUGUUCAUGGUGGGCGAGAUAGGGGAUGCACCCACCUUUUCAAGUCAAUAGUGUGUAGCUAUCACAUGGGAAAAGAAAGGUUGGCUGAAGAGCUCAGGUAUCCAUGUGUGUGCAUUAUCCGACUUGCGGAACACAAUCACGUAAUCGAGCUCUCUUUGAUCACCACCAGAUCUUUUGCCCUGGAUGGUGGAGAGCGAGAAUUGUGAGGGAGGGGAAAGGAUGAUGAUGGUGGUGGUGGUGGUGGUGGUGAAAGGGGCGGGGGGGCCUUUACCAACAACAAUGAUAUCUUAUCAUACAUCACACUCGUUCAUUUCCACCCAGAGGGCAUCCGCG